AUGACAGAAUCCCUCGUGCCCGAGACCCGGGUACUAGCGGUGGCCAGCCAUGUGGUCUAUGGCCAUGUGGGAAACACCAUGGCCACUUUUGUCAUGCAGUCGCUGGGCUGCGAGGUGGCCGCGCUGAAUACCGUCCACUUCAGUAAUCACACGGGCUAUCGCCAAUUCAAGGGCACGCGGGCCACCGCGCAGGAGAUCACUGAUCUCUAUCAAGGCCUGGCGCAGAGCCACCUCACCGAUUUCGAUGUCAUGCUGUCUGGCUAUGCGCCAAGUGCCGCCGCAGUCAAGGCCGUCGGUGCCAUUGGGAUUGACCUGCAGCAGAAGGCUGCUUCGAAGCCCGGGUCGUUCUUCUGGGUGCUGGACCCCGUCAUGGGCGACCAGGGCCGGCUAUAUGUGAACGAUGACGUGGUUCCGGCCUAUAAACAAAUGAUCCAGCAUGCGGAUCUGAUUCUUCCCAACCAGUUCGAAGCCGAAGUGUUGUCCGGCAUCAAAAUCACCUCCCUGGCCACGCUCGCCGAGGCCAUCACUGCCAUCCACCGCAUCUACUCCGUGCCGCACGUUAUCAUCACCUCAGUGCAGCUCUUCAAGCUCUCACAGUCCGGCACGACCCCCAGCCCGCCUGCGAACUUCCUAACGGUGAUCGGGUCGACGACGCGGUCCGACGGCUCCCCCCGACUCUUCCGCAUCGACGUACCAGCCCUGGACUGCUUCUUCAGCGGGACGGGCGACAUGUUCGCCGCACUGACCGUCGCGCGACUCCGCGAGGCUGUCGCCGCCGCCGGCCAAGACCUGUCCACCACCCGCUCGUGGGUGUCCCCCGACAGUGUGCCGGCCACGGACCUCCCGCUCGCGCGCGCGGCCGUCAAGGUCCUGGCGAGCAUGCACAGCGUCCUCGAGCGGACACUCGAGGCCCGUGAUGCCGAGCUGGCGACUGCCCCCGCGCAAAACGGGGAUGUUGGUGCGGACGAGCCGCAGAAGCGCGAGCAUCUGCGCCGCACCAAGGCCGCCGAGGUCCGGCUGGUCCAGAACGCGCGGUUCUUGCGAGACCCGCAGAUCCAGUUCGCCGUGCAGGAAUGGUGGAAGGACGAUCUCCCGGCGGAGCUGCAAUAG